AUGGCCGUCUUCGGGGCCAUUUUAAUCCUAGUUUCUGUCAUCUGGGUCAUCGAUGGCGCCCUGCCCCCCAGGAUACCCAAGGAUCCGGCUCCUCCCAGACGAAAAUAUCCGCCGCCGAGGGAGGACGACGGGUGCGGGGAGUAUUCGGAUGAUGACAACUGCCUGCACAUCGGGGCUAUCUUCCCCAUCAACGGCACCGGGGGCUGGCUGGGGGGCCAGGGGUGCCUCCCGGCGGCCCUCAUGGCGCAGGAAGAUGUGAAUGCCGAGCCUUGGCUGCUGCCCGGGUACAAAAUCAAAAUGCACUAUUUUGACAGCCAGUGUAAUCCCGGGCUGGGAGCAAGUGUGAUGUAUGACUUGUUGUACAAUAAACCUCAAAAACUAAUGUUGUUGGGCGGAUGUUCAAUCGUAUGUUCAACCAUUGCAGAGGCAGCAAAGAUGUGGAAUCUUGUUGUGGUGUCUUACGGAUCUAGUUCACCCGCGCUUUCCAACCGGAAGCGCUUCCCGACUUUCUUCAGGACUCAUCCUUCUGCUACCAUUCACAAUCCCACCAGGAUAAAACUAUUCCAAAAAUUCAAGUGGUCUCGCAUAGCAAUUAUCCAAGAGGCAGAGGAAGUCUUCAUAUCGACAGGAGAAGAUUUGGAAGCGAAGUGCAAAGAAAAUGGCAUCGAAAUCGUUACAAGGCAAAGCUUCCUCACAGACCCUACCGAUGCAGUCAAAAAUCUUGUGAGGCAAGAUGCGAGAAUCAUAGUUGGAAUGUUUUAUGUCGCGGCUGCCAGAAAGGUUAUUUGUGAGGCUUACAAACAGAAGGUCUACGGUAAACAAUACGUGUGGUUCUUGAUUGGUUGGUACGAAGACGAAUGGUACACUUUCUUGGACAAAGGACACGACUGCACAGUCCAGCAGAUGAAGGAGGCUGUUGAGGGUCAUCUCACCACCGAAGCUCUCAUGCUGAACCAAGGCUCCGAACCCACUAUCUCCGGAAUGACAUCAGCUGAGUUUCUGGAACGCUAUGAGGAGGUCCUGAAAGAAAAAUAUGGCUACAUAGGGCGCAGACCUGAGGGUUACCAAGAAGCUCCUCUAGCCUAUGACGCCAUCUGGGCCAUCGCGCUGGCUCUGAACAAGACCAUCAACCAACUGAAGGAAGCAAACCCCGAUUUGACGAUCAAGAACUUUACCUAUGAUAACCAGUUCAUAGCUCAGCAGAUCUACUCAGCGAUGAAUUCUACCCAAUUUUUAGGUGUAUCGGGUUACGUCGCAUUUUCAUCAAAGGGUGACAGAAUCGCUUGGACGCAAGUGGAGCAAAUGAUUGAUGGCAACUACACUCUUCUUGGCUAUUACGACACACAGACAGAUAAUUUAACUUGGUUGAAGAAAGAAAAGUGGGCAGACGGCCGACCUCCUCCUGACAGAACCAUAAUCGUUCAAGUCUUGCGAACCGUGACAUUGAGUCUCUUCAUAAGCAUGGUCACCGUGUCCAGCAUUGGAAUCGCAUGGGCUCUUGCUCUUUUGAUCUUCAACACUCUUUUCCGGCAUGCAAGGUACAUUCAGCUAUCUCAUCCUAUCUGCAAUAAUAUCUUACUGGUGGGGAUCAUAUGCUGCCUGGUGUGCGCUUGUCUUCUAGGGUUGGAUGGACAAUUCGUUGGCGAAGAAAAUUUCAAUACCCUAUGCCAAGCUCGUGCAUGGUUGCUCACCAUCGGUUUCACGUUGUCUUACGGAGCAAUGUUUUCGAAGAUAUGGAGAGUUCACAGACUCACCACCAAAUCGAAAACAGAAAGCAAGAAAGUGCACAGCUGGAAGCUGUACGUGAUGGUCGGCGUGUUGCUGCUCAUAGACGUGCUGAUCCUGUCGGCUUGGCAGUUCAUCGAUCCUCUGCAGCGGAAGCUUGAGGACUUCCCACUGGAAGAUCCACCGGAGGAAACAGAAGACAUUAAGAUCCAGCCACAGUUGGAGCACUGCGAAUCGGAAAACAAUGCGGUCUGGCUCGGCGUCAUCUACGGUUACAAAGGACUUCUUUUGAUAUUCGGCAUUUUCUUAGCGUACGAAACGCGAAGUGUAAAAAUUAAGCAAUUGAACGACUCCAGACUAGUUGGGAUGAGUAUCUACAAUGUAGUGGUGAGAAUUUUAUUUGAUUAUUCUUGA